UCCACUUUCCCUCUCCUAGAUUACCUUUGACCUUUUUAAAAAAGGAGGACAGAAAGGUUUGAGGAAAAAGGACACAGGAGUUGAGCAUUCCAAUUGAGUAAAGGCCCAGGUGUCAUCAAGGAUCCAGACGAUUCAGUUUUUUCCAACCAAUCAUCUUCAGGGUCUGUUUUGACUUAAGCCUGAAUCACUUUCCUUACCGUAAGGACCGUGAGAGGGCAACCAUAGUCAGAGGGCUAGUCACGGUUGCGGUCAAAUCAACCACUGCCCCAUAAACACUCUGAUAACACACAUCAGCAAAAAUGACAAUUUAGAGGAAACUAGUGUUCCUAUCUGAUGUUCGGAUUUCAUUUUUCUAAUCACACUCUACCCAGGUGAGUUGGCAUGGCAGAUUUACCCCACUGGACUUGGAUGCGUAGCAGGAUUAGUCCCCCUGCUACAGUUUUAACUGUAUUUCAAUGUUAUCCACUGAUUUAAAGAAUAGCAAAACAUUUUAUAUAAUGGACUCCAUCAGACACACAGAGAGAAAGAGAGAGAGAGACUUCUGUAUGUGUGAUGUUUACUGUAAAUUUUUAUUGUUUAUUUCACUUUAUAUAUUCACUUUAUAUAUUAUCUACCUCACUUGCUUUGGCAAUGUUAACACAUGUUUCCCAUGCCAAUAAAGCCCUUGAAUUGAAUUGAGAGAUAACGGUCAUUUAUGACCUACUACCUGAUUUCUAAAGUAACACUGACACCCUCUGACCAAAAUUAUACAUGUAGCCUACUCUCUUUCGUGUGUGUAUUUCUAUCUGCCUAUCUGUGUCUAGACAGGGAGCUCAAUUUUGAUCCCCCCCACCUGGUCUUUUGACCAAUCACAACAGAACUUUUCACAUCAGAUCUUUUUCAGAGCUGAUCUGAUUCGUCAAAAAAAAAAAAGAUCAGAAUUGGGCUGCCUGUCUAAAAGUGUCUCUGUUGUGUGCUUGUUUCUGUCUCUGUAUACUGUAGCCAACAAUCAGUCAUCUCCUCUUCUUGUUUGACUGAAUUGGAUGUGUUGUUGUCCCAGUUCCUUCAAACACGAACUGCACUGCCCCCUAGCUGUUCAUUCACGGAAUAAUCGAAGUGCACGCACAUAGUAGUCCGUGAACGCGCACCACGCUGUCCGGGAAAAAAAAGUGCUGAAAUGUCGUCACUUCCGGGAGGCAUUCCUAGCCUGGGAAAAAAAAGCGGGGCUGGGAGCUCUCUGUACAAACAACACGCCGGAGAGUGAUCAGCCAUGUCAUAAGACAACACUGAAAUCAGACUGAAUCUGUCAUCGGUUCAUAAAUAAAAUCAUUGUCAUUUUUUCCCCCCCAGGACUGACCGACACGUAUAUCGACGAAGCCGUGCAUGAACUGGAAAGCACUGACGUUUAGCCGAAUAGCUCAUUCAAGACAAAAGCUCCAGCAGGACAGAUAGUAUGCUGAGUAAAGCGGCCACUAUGGAGAUCCCUAUCAACCGUAACGGAGACACGAGGACACUGGCGGAGGAUGACAGCCUUGAACAAGUUGCUAAGCUACAGUGGAGCUUAGAUGAGAAGGACCUACAGCAGGUGAUGGUGUCUGGACCCAAUCUGAAUGAGACCAGUAUCGUAUCCGGAGGUUAUGGGGGUACAGCUGAGGGAAUCAUUCCUACCAGCUCCAUUAAAGGCCCUGCUGUGCGCUACAACGCUCAGUUUAACAGACGCAUCCCAGUCACAGGACAAGGUUCCAGUAUGCAGGACAGUAGAAGCAGCAGUUCCACGACUGCAGAGGAGGCCUCCAGAGGAGUGGCUGUAGAGAAACUGGACUUCAUGAAGCAAUGGGGCCUCAACACCUACAAGUGCACUAAACAGAUGAUCGCAGAGCGGUUUGGUCGUGGUUCUCGGACUGUGGAUCUAGAACUGGAGGCUCAGAUAGAAGUUCUCCGGGACACCAAGAGGAAGUAUGAGACUGUGCUGCGAUUGGCCAGAGCCCUGACCAAUCACUUGUACAGCAUGGUGCAGACGCAACACGCUCUCGGGGACACCUUCACCGACCUCAGCCUGAAAUCACCUGAACUACGGGAUGAGUUUGGGUACAACGCAGAGACCCAGAAGUUAUUAUGCAAGAAUGGAGAGACACUGCUAGGAGCCAUCAACUUCUUUGUGUCCAGCAUCAAUACACUGGUUAACAAGACCAUGGAGGAUACGCUGAUGACCAUCAAGAUGUACGAGGCUGCUAGGUUGGAGUAUGAUGCGUACAGGGCAGACCUAGAGGAGUUAAGCGUUGGACCCAGGGAUGUGGUGAACAUGGCCCGUAUAGAUACAGCCCAGGAGCAGUACCAGAUCCACAAGGACAAAUAUGAACGUCUUCGCUCUGACGUCACUAUCAAACUCAACUUCCUGGAUGAAAACAAGGUAAAGGUGAUGCAUAAACAGCUGCUCCUGUUCCAUAAUGCCAUCUCAGCGUACUUUGCUGGGAACCAGCAGCAGUUGGAGCAGACCCUGAAGCAGUUCAACAUCAAGCUGAGGCCCCCAGGGGCCGACAAACCCUCCUGGCUUGAGGAACCAUGAGGGAGGGAGCCACAGGAGACAGGGCAGCCCAGGAGAGGCCCUCCUAACCUGGGAAACAGCGGACCCCCCAAACCCUUACUAUCCACUACAGUGGACCACGGACGGACAGACAGACGGACAGGACUACGUAGCGAUGGAUGGAUGGAUGAAUGGGCCAAGGGCCUUGUAUCUAUAGAGGACUGUGUCACAAUCAGGGACUUGUCUUAUUUUCCUCUCUUUCAUGAUCUCUCCUUUUCUCUCUUUAUCCACAAAUCCUCCUGUAUAAUAUAUUAUCUCCAGUCCUCUAUGUAAGUGAUAAUGCCCGAGAAACCGGUGUUUGGAGGAUAUAUUGGCACGGGUGUUGUUAGGCCCCGAGUCUGAGUCGUAUAUAUAUCCUACAAACACCGGCUUCUCAGGCAUUAUCACUUUUACACAACGGGUUACCAACACAUUCAAAUGAUGAUUGACAUAUUUUCAUUAAACGUUAUUUUGAUGAA